AUGUCGACAGCAACAACGUCUCCAAACCCAUCCUUGCUUGCCAUCCUUCUCGUGGUCCAGGUCCGAACCGGCUCAGGUGCCGAGAUCGUCUUUCACUACCCUCCAGACCCUUUAUCGACCGAACGACCGUCUUACAAUACAGAUUCCACGGACGAGGAUGAAGAAGACACCUCCAGCAGUGAGUCGGAGGAGUCGUCGUCUGAAGAUGAAUUCGAUCUCUUCGCCAGCCGGCUAAGGAAUGGACGAAGUGCCCCACAAGACCCGGACGGUCAGUCACCAACCUCAGACGAUGAAGAAAGUAACUAUCUGUCCAAGAGGGGGACACAAGACAACGGUCAAUGGAAACCGUCGUGGGAGCCACUGCUGGGUCUGGGAGGUGACGGUCUAGUGAGCUUGUUGGCGCCUGGGCGCGUGUGGCAUAAACGCAAAUUCGAGCUCGAAAUCAACGACCUGACCUUCCUGGGCAGGCCAGUCUAUGCGCGUGAAGACGGCUUCUGGCGGAAACAGAAAAGAAGGAGGGUCCCAAAGGCUGGAGAUGAGGGCAUUACAUCCGACUCCACCCUCAGUGAAAGUGGCCAUGACGAUGGAGAGGAAGUCGAACCAGGCUCGUCAACCGACAAUACGGCCAAUAAACAGGGUCGCAAGACGAAGGAGACUCCGAAAAGCCAGUUGACCAUGUUCCACGUCGUGUUCGUCAUGGACCCGUCACCGCUAGAGCACACUGCCCGGGUCAAGGAGAUGUAUGACCAUGUCGUCAAGAAGUUGUCCAAAGUGCUCAAGUGGGCGCAGGCCCAUCACGACUACGUGUGGCAGCAGUCUGAACUCUUGCAAUCCAUCAGGUCGACGCAUUUCCAGCAACAGUCGUCGUCCAAGGCUUUGUACACCGAGAUGAAGCAGCGGUCUUCCCUGGCUUCGGCCAUUACCAAAGUGUUUGAUAAUAUCUCCGAGUCGAAGAUAGCUGCAAUCACACUCACUCCCAAUCUGUCUGUCUCACUCCAGAUCCCUCCUAUUACCUCGAGCUCGUACCUGCCUUCGCUGUCGGAGCCUCCAUUACAGCCGGGUCUCUGGCUCACCACUGCCACCGAUCCGACUUCCACGUCCGAGCUCGAUGCGUCUGCUCUGUCAGGUCCACUGCAGCUAUCCAAGAAUUUCACUCUGCUCCUCAAGUCGAACCCACAGAAGAUCCUGAAGGACAUUCAAACCUCCGGAGGCUCGUUGGCCAUGCCGCUGGCAAAUUUCAUCGCCCACCUGAAGCCCACCAAGUCCUUCUACAAGAUAUCCGUGGCCUCGCAGAUAGCCCUGGGAGACAUCCAGCACCUGGCUCGGCACCUCGUCUACUGGCGGAGGGCGAUAGCGAUCCCGCCCCUCCAUCAGCGCGACACGUACAUUGUGUCUCCCAACGCCAACAUGGGCAAGCUCGUGUCAGCGUGCAAGACAUACGAAGCGACGUUCCCCAUGAUGCCGUCGCUACCGAAAAUGCUGAGCGCCUUGAGCGGCACGCCCGCCGCCUACGGCACCCUGAUACCCAGCAGGGACCACAAGGAGGAGUACUAUCGAGUCCUGGCGUGGCUGAUGCGCGACGGCUGGGUGACCCAGCUCCGCACGUACGCCUUUGUCCGCGUGGGCCCGGAGGUCAAGAAAGCGGUGCGGGAGCGAGACCGCGAAGAAGCCCGCGCAGGCGCGAAAACCCCGGUCGAGAGAGAAGCAAGCGACAUGGCGAGGAGCUUCGGCAGCGGCGGCGGCACCCCUGCAACACCGGCAACGGGGACACUCUCUUCCUUCAGGCAGCGGCCUAGCAUGCUGAACCGCCCGUCCAGCGACGGCCGCCAAUCCAUCUCCACGGACGGCACGAGCAUGCGCACCCCGGCCCAGCAGUUCAAGCAUAACCCAAAAGCCGCCAGCCUGGUGGUGUCUCCGCAGCGUGCUUCGCCCGAGGAGUCGCGCUGGCUCGACUACAUCGCGUCCACGAUGGGGUCAUCGAGAACUUCAUCGCCGCCGGACCUGGCUAGCUCUCCUGGCGCGUCUAACCCGUCGGACAUCGAGGCCGCCGAGAUCCAGCGCUACUGGCCGAUCUUUGUCAAGUACUUCACCGGCUCCGAGGCUCUGGAGAGGAUUCCCGUGCGGGAAGGUCUGAAGAGGAAACUCGUCUGGGACACCCUCGUGAAGAUGGGGCUCGAUCUCGACGGGCCCGUCGAGGACGAUAAGCCGGAUUCCAAGAGAGUGUUGGUCACUAUUCGGCAUUGGUAG